AUGUCGUCCCUUGGUAAACAAAAGUCCUCGAACUUGGAGAAAUCUCUAGGAAAGGGAAAACCUGAGGUUAACGUUGCUACUUUUGCACUGCUCUUUUCUGAAAUUGUUCAGUAUAGCCAGAACAGGGUUCACACUGUCCCAGAACUGCAAACUAAAUUGUCAGAGUUGGGACAACAUGUUGGAUCACACAUGCUGGAUGUGCUGUUCCUACGAGAGAAAGGCUACAAACGGGAAAUCAAACUCCUUAGCAUGUUGAUUUUUAUUAAGUCCACCUUCUGGAAGAUUGUGUUUGGGAAAGAGGCAGAUAAAUUAGAGCAAGCAAAUGAUGAUGAUAAAACAUAUUACAUUAUAGAAAAGGAGCCUCUGGUGAACAAGUUUAUCUCCGUACCAAAGGACAAAGGAAGUUUGAACUGUGCUGCAUUUACAGCCGGCAUUCUUGAGGCGGUGUUGAAUGGUGCAAACUUUCCAGCAAAAGUCACAGUUCACUGGCACAAAGGGACAACUUUCAUGAUUAAGUUCGACGAGUCUGUGAUUGCAAGAGACAAAUUAAUUGAGGGACGAUGA